UUUGAUGAUUGUCUGGGUUAAUUUAAGGGCCUUGUGAUCCUCAACAAUUAUAUAAAUUUAGAUGCACCAAAGUUUAGAUAUUAAAUUAUGAUUACUUAUUUUGUUUAAUAUUAUCUGCAUUGCUGUACCUGCCUGAGGCAUCUCCUUCACAAAAACUGAAGCCCAUUGGCUCUACCACUGGGAUUUGUUUGGCAUGCCUCAAACCCCAGAUGCAACAACACUUUGGUUUCUGUGUGAAUGAGAGAAUCUUAAAUUCUUCUUCUUAUCACUCUUUAUUUUUGUAUAUGUAUAUAUAUCUGUAUAUAUGUUUUGCAGUAUAUUCAAGUGAUGGAGAGCAAAGUCUUCCUUCAUCAACUAGAGCUCUACCUGAAGAGACUUCCUUUUUUAUCUGCUUUCCUUGUCAUCUGCUGAACAACGACAACAAAGAUUGAGAUCUUCUUUCAGCUCCUGAAAUUCUAACAGGUGGAUAUAUAGGUGAAGCAAUUGCAGAAGUAAUUCUCAUAUAGGCAGGAUUUAGCUUCAACAGUACGGUCAUUUUUGUAUUGAUUCUUAAGGUAUAGCACAACUGCUCAAUCAAUCUUCGAUGGAGAAGCUUCUUAACCCAUAUGAUAAAGAAUUCAUGAGGAUGGCCAUGUUAAAGCAUGAAGAAACGUUCAAAGAGCAGGUACAUGAACUCCAUCGUCUAUAUCAAAUCCAGAAGAUAUUGAUGAAAAACACUGAAAGCAGCAAGUCUAAUGGACUGAAUCAAGAACUAUGGAACUCAAAGCAUGGUUUUACUUUCAACCAGCUGAAUAAUCAACAACUUAACUUGCAACAUAAGUCUCGUAUGCAACUUGACUUGGAGCAGCCUGUUGAUGUUAACAUCGAUGAAUCAAAUGUCAAUGGAAUGUUGGAGAUCAUAGAUGAAAGAGAGAUUGAGCUAACACUGGGACCAACAACGUACUCACGGAGGAAGAAACCCGAGACCUCGCCGCGUACUUCUGAUUCUGGACGAAGCUUUUCUUCUUCUUCCACGGGAUCCAGCCAUAUAAACAGGACAGGUUUCCAGACCCAGAAGAGGACUAAUAGAGCUAGACAAUUAUUAAGUGGCUGCGAACUGGGGCUUGACACACAGUUUGGGUAUCAAAGUGGAAGUAAAACCACUAUAGAUAAUGAAGAACAAUUGAGACAGCAGCAGGAAAUUCUAAACCAGCCACCGUGGUUAUUCCAAGUUUUGAGCCUCAACAUGACUUGAAAAUAUCUUCUUUAGGGGAUGCAGAAAUAUUUUAAACUGCUUCCUAUAGACUAAUAUUGCUGUGAUAAUUGAUGUAUGUGUGGCUUUUUCUGCUUAGUUUUUUAGUAUAGUGGGUGAUGUAGUCUUUUGUAAAGUUUACUUGUUUUCCGCGUCUUGCAAAACCCAUUAUAAUUACAUAUUGACCUCA